AUGCGAGAGUACGACGUUGACGCGCGCAAUACCUACAAUAUGGAUGAGAAGGGCUUCUUCAUCGGCAUCACAAACCGCACAAAGCGCGUCUUUUCUAAGGCACUGUGGGCGUCGGGAGAGAUCAAGGCGGCGAUACAGGAUGGCAACAGAGAAUGGGUAACGCUGCUGGCUUGCGUAUGCGCUUCUGGUGAGGUAUUGCCGCCCGCCAUCAUCUACAAGGGCACCGCCGGGAUUCAAUCGAGCUGGGUUGACGCCGUUGAGGUCGCAAAACAUGAGAUGUUCUUCUCAAACUCAGCGACGGGAUAG